AUUUCCAGGCCAGAGUUUCCAAAUCCGGACUCCAAACAUCCCCUUCCCAAUUCCCGUCGGCCGCACCCGCACCGCCGCACGGCCGGAAAUCACCGAAUCGCGUCGGCCACUCGGCACUUCGCCACCCACCGCCGGCGCCGCGCCAGCCUGCAGCCACCGCCUGCCCGACCCCCCGCUCUCCGCGCACGCACGCCGCAUGGCCGCCUCGUACUUCAACCACUCCUCCUACCCGCCGGCGCCGCCUCCUCCGCCGGGGACCUCCCCGUACGGCGCGUACCGUCACGCCUACCAGCCGGCGCCCCCCACCGCUUACGGCGCCUACUACGACCGCGCGGAGCAGGCCCUCCCGCCGCGGGACGAGCUCCGUACCCUCUUCAUCGCUGGCCUACCCGCCGACGCCAAGCCUCGCGAGGUCUACAACCUCUUCCGCGACUUCCCUGGAUACGUCUCCUCCCAUCUCCGCUCCGGAAAAUCCUCCCAGGCAUAUGCAUUUGCUGUAUUUGCUGAUCAACCAUCUGCCUUAGCUGCCUUGAGUGCCACAAAUGGAAUGGUAUUUGACCUUGAGAAGAAUUGCUCUCUUCAUGUGGACCUCGCAAAAUCCAAUUCUAGAUCAAAGCGCUUGAGAUCAGAUGAUGCUUCACCUUAUUCUCCCGAGAAAAGAACUAAGAGACCAAUGGGAUUUCCUGAUUCAGGUGCUGGAAGCAAUAUUUACAUAUCUGGAAUGGGUAAUUCUUCACACAGCUUGAGUGGUUAUUCUUCUGCACAAAGUUACACAAGCCUUGAGUCUAGUGCUUCCUUCAGGAAGGAUUCAUCCACAAUUGCCCCUCAAAAUAAUCCUCCAUGUCCUACUCUUUUUGUUGCGAACCUUGGUCCAGCUUGUUCAGAGCAAGAGCUCAUAGAUGUUUUCUCGAGUUGCGCGGGAUUUGUGAAGCUGAAGAUGCAAAACAAGCUUGGAGCUCCAGUUGCAUUUGUUGAUUUCAAGGAUGCGAACAGCUCAACUGAAGCCCUAAAUCGUCUCCAAGGAGUUAUCCUGUAUUCAUCACCUGGCGAGGGAAUACGCUUAGAAUACGCCAAAUCCCGGAUGGGUCUUCGUAAGCGUGAUAAGCGCCCCUAGUGCAGCUGAAAGAUGAGCAUUUGAAUAAUGAUCAACGUUGUUCACUUAUGACUGGUUCUGACACCGAGCCCGCUGACAUAGUCAUGCAGGGAAUGUCUUGCCCAUAUUUUAGAUGCAUGGCAUGAUGUAACUGGGUUUGGUUGUAUCACUUAGUAUUGUCAGUGCACAUCCCCCCCCCCCCCUCCCCUAUCCUGUCACUGACCCUCUGCAGAUUUUAAGCUAGUAGUGUUGUUAUGAAUUGAGAGCGCAUUUACUCCUUAAGAUGGUUAUGAGAAAUCAAUCUUGCAGUACGUUAUUUAUUGUACUUGUUGAUGGAUAACAGGAUAAGAUCUGGCACAGCAAUGUAGAAGCGUCAAUAAGACAAUUACUGUA